ACCACUAAGGCGGUUCCACUUCCACUUCCGCAGCCGGCAUGGAAGAGAGGAGUUUCCAUCUUCGACUUCAUCCUUAGGGUGUGUGCCCUCGUGGCCGCCCUAGCUGCCACUGCCACCAUGGGCACCACCGACCAGACUCUUCCCUUCUUCACUCAGUUCUUCCAGUUCCAAGCCAGCUAUGAUGACCUCCCCACUUUCACAUUCUUCGUGGUGGCAAAUGCUAUAGCAAGUGGCUACUUGCUCCUAUCUAUGCCUUUCUCCAUUGUUGCCAUUGUUCGUCCCCACGCAGCUGGAGUCAAGCUUCUCCUCCUCAUCCUUGAUACCGUAAGAUUAGCCCACUAG